AUGGCCUUGCGGCGCCAGCUGCGGUUGGGGGUCUCCUACCUAGCAGCCACGGUGUGUAUGCACCAAGAUGAUCGUCGAGCCCAAAAGAUUGAGCAGGAUUGCAUUGCGCUGGGCUCGCCCGUCAUGCACGCAGUGUCGCUUGACCCUUCGGCGAACGUGGUGGGCGAUGCGGCGCAGGCUAGUGUCGAACGCAUUGCGCUCGGCGGCCAUGAUCAUAACGAUAUCCGGACGGAGUUUCAUCCGCACAGUCGAAAAUGUCCACAGACAACAUCAUUUGAAGAUUACGGUCGUGCUGCAGUGCCUUUGCCAUCCCCGAUUGAUGAUGAGCCAUGGAAACCAUUUCGUUCUCGAUUGGACUUUGAGGUUGCCGAGUUUGCAGUACAGAGUGCUCUGAACAAUGACCAGGUUAACACUCUCCUUUCUCUAUUCAAGCGGUCGCAGGGUGCAGAGUCUGUAACUCUCAAGUCACAGGCCAAGAUAUACGAUCUACUCAGAAGCAAGGCUAAUACCCUCACCAAUUUUGAGCAAGAGGAGAUCUCUGUCCUAUACAAGGGUAAACAUGAGACGUUCAAUGUCCAUUUCAAGCCACUAUGGGAAUGGACAAUGGAUCUUCUCGAAGAUCCACUACUAGCUCUACACUGGGUUUGGGAUGCCGAGAAAGUUUCUAAAUUCAAUGGUACAGAGUUUGUGCAGAUGUAUUAUGAGCCUUGGGCUGCUGAUGGGUUUUGGAAAGCUCAGUCAAAAAUCCCUCCAACAGCCAACCCUCUGUGUUACAUCCUGUAUGCAGACAAGACCAAAUUAUCAUCAUUUGGCACACAGAAAGGUUAUCCAGUUUUUGCACGACUUGCGAACCUCCCCGUUGAUAUUCGGAAUGGUGACGGUGUUGGUGGUAGUCAUCUUGUUGGAUGGCUACCUAUUGUACCUGAAGACCCUAAAGAGAAGAACAAGACUUCUUUUGCCAAUUUCAAGAAUGUUGUUUGGCAUGAGUCGUUUCUUCAUUUGUUGAAGUCUAUUGAGCAGCAUUCCAAGUAUGGCUUCUUUUUCCACUGUGCUGAUGGAACAAAGCGAUGGCUCUUUCCAAUGAUUCUAAUUUUGACAGCUGACUAUGAAGAGCAAUGUGUUAUGGCCUUGAUACGGGGCAAAAAUGGCUUAUGUCCUUGUCCUAUUUGUCUUGUUCCUGACAAAGAGUUGGUUGAUCUUUCAAAAACUCAUCCACGACGAACUAGCGAUCAGUCAGAAGGUAUAUUUGAGCAAGCACAAGGCUUAAGGUUCCUUGGGGAUAAGGAACAGCUUUUCAAACAGCUCAGUCUCCGACCAGUAAAAAGUGCUUUUUGGUCGAUAUCAAACACUAAUGUGCAUCAUGCUUUAUCAUGGGAUCGACUUCAUGCAUACCAUCUUGAAAAAUCUGGUGAUAAUCGAAUGGACUUGAUUCCAUCUUGGAAGGAUCUCAACCAUUUUUCCAGUAUCAUGAAUACAUCUUUUACAGAUGGUAGCAAAUUUGAAGAUAUUUCCAAAGUUAUUACUUUUGCAGUUCAUAAUCUCUUGGGCAAUAAGCAAAAAACUCCAGCUGGAUAUGCCUUGCUUCAAUGCAUUCGCAGCUAUCUUGUCUUAGAUAUGUAUGCUGCACUCGAAGUCCACACAGAAGAAACAAUUGCUGUGGGUGAAUUAGCAAUCUUAAGAUUUGAACAAUCACUCAAGAAAUAUAUUAUGAUGGUUGAUGCAGAAAACUUAAAGGAUUGGAAUUUCCCCAAGAUUCACACUCACAAGCACUUAUUUGAAGAUAUCAAAGAGAAAGGUGCCACUCGCAAUGACAAUACAAAGCCAAAUGAGAAGUUGCAUGGGCCUAUCAAAUAUGCAUAUCUCCUUCGUACAAACAAGAAGAAUAUUGCCUCUCAGAUUUUGAAUGUGGACCAGUAUACUCUAGUCACCAAAUUUGUUCGUGCUCAGAUUGAGCAUGUACAAGCAUUCAAACAAAUUCAAGAAGAAAAGGAAGAAGACUUUGAUAUUUUGGAAAAUUGGAGGUCAACUGUUCUUAUUGCUGGUCAUGUCAUUCUUGGUUCUCGGAACAUCAAUUCCUCUCUUCAUAGUCGAGAGGAAUCCAAGGAUCCUGCAUUCACCAAUUUCUCAAAGAGAUUGAUCAAAUGGCUUAUAGCUAAUCUCAUUCACCAAUUCAAUAAAGUGGCAGCAAGCAUCAAGCUAGAUGCAAAUGACAAGAUUUGGGAAUACUGCUUUUUGAAGGUUCGAUAUGAGUCCACAGUUAAUUGGAGAGAGAAGAUGGAUUACUUGCGGUGUAGCCCAUCCUUCCAUGAAAAGCCACGAUAUGACUGCAUUGUCGUGGACACAGUCAGGGGACCUAUCUUUGCACAGCUUGUCUUUGUUUUCAACUACAAGGUCGAAGGCGAAGACUACCCCAUUGCAUUGAUUCAUCCAUUUGAUGCCACUCUUAGCGGUCCUCAUCGGCAAAAGGAUGUCGAUUUCGGCUUAUUCCGUGUCUGUGCAAAACCUCGAACUUCUUGUGAGUUCAUCUUUGUACGGUCCAUCAUUAGGGGUGCAUUGUUAGUAGAAGAUUUUGAGAGGACAGGGGACUUACUGGUUGUAGAUACCGUGGACACGGACAUGUUCCUUCGUCUUCAACAGAUAGCUAGCCUGUAA